AGAGCCGAACCCUUCGUCACGCCCACAACCCCUUCGACCAGUCUCGACUGAAAAUUCCGUUCCACUCAUUAGUACACAUUAAGGAAGGAGGAGGUCGACUGGAACAAGACAUGCCCCGAAGAAGGAGCUCCGAGGAGGAGGAAGAAGAGGAAGAAGAAAGGCCUCAGAGAAACGCCGCCAACGCUCGCGAAAGGGCGAGGAUGCGCGUCCUGAGCCGGGCCUUCUGCAGGCUGAAGACAACCCUCCCCUGGGUCCCUGCGGACACUAAGCUCUCCAAGCUGGACACCCUCAGGCUGGCCACUUCUUACAUCGCCCACCUCCGGAGGGUUCUGAACGGUCCUGCCAACCAGGCCCAGCCUCCCAGUCCGCUCAGCAUGAGCUGGCCCUUUACGUUUCAACCGCAACACCACGAAGCCCAGCAGGCGCAGGAAACGCAAAACUACAUCAACUAUUAUGAAAAUCCUAUACAAAUCGGAUAGUUUUACAGCAGAUCCACUUAUAAAAAUGCUUUCCUACAAAAAUCAUGUAA